GAAGGUGAAUUGCAUCUCAAUUGAUUUUAUUUUUUUUGUUUUUUUUGUAAGGACAUCUAAAUUGAUUUAAUUCAACAUCAUUUGCUAAGAUGGCCUUGAUUAUUUUUUGAAGUUGCACAAUUCUACAUCUUCACCCCAAUUUCAUCAAUCGAAGAAGCUUGAAAAUCUAUCACAAUGCAAUUCUUCGGAAGCUCUGAGAUCAGUCCAUCGCCGCCGGCACCGACGGCGUCGGGAAAUUACGGGCACAUGAUGUACGUCUUCAAUCGUAACGGCGUUUGUUUACUUUACAGGGAAUGGAACCGUCCCCUCCGUACUCUAAAUCAGCAGCAAGAUCACAAGCUUAUGUUCGGUCUUCUUUUCUCUCUCAAAUCUCUCACCGCCAAAAUGGAUCCUACUAGUGUUGAGAAAGGAAAUCUUGGAGUGCCCCUGUUACCUGGGCAAGGUUGUUCGUUUCACAGUUUCCGGACAAAUACAUACAAACUAAGUUUCAUGGAGAGUCCUUCAGGGAUAAAGAUUAUCCUUGUCACUCAUCCUAGAGCUGGAGAUCUUAGAGAACCUUUAAAGUAUAUUUACAACCUGUAUGUUGAGUAUGUUGUGAAGAAUCCGCUUUACUCCCCGGGAACUCCUAUCAAAUCUGAGCUAUUUAAUACAAACCUUGACCAAUAUGUAAGAGGGCUUGGAUGAUAAGUAAAGGUUCUGGUUCAAGGGCGGUCUGCAAACCCGUGCAUCUUUUGGAGGGUUCAUUAUGCCGUUUACAUUUUGUAUGUGCCUGUGUUAACUCUGAUUAUGGGAUGAGCAUAAAAUUAUUAUGUGUUAGUUAUCCUUGUUGAUUUGGAUUUCACCUUAUAAUAUAAUAGUUGUCAUAGACUCGUACUACCAUUUGCCAUUCCAAGAAGAAAUGCUAGACUGCUAGUAUUACUCGCU